AUGGCUCAUCAAGAAAUCUCGCCAGCCGUCCUCUACUUGGGGCACCCCGGUGGUGUUGAUCAGCAGUACGAAUCCAGAUGGCAGCACAUACCUGGGUUCGAUGAGCCUUGCCUGAUGGCUGGGUUCAGGGGCCGUUCUGGGUCUCGACGCCUCUUAGCAGACCACACAGAACAUGCUACGCACGAAGCAGACAAUAUAGCUGCCAAUGUCAACGCCAUAGCCAGGACCACUGGCACGGAUCCCGUCCCGGAAUCGAAGCAGGGAAGGCGUUAUACGUUCGUCAAAGACAAGUUCAAACGAGCAGGCUUGACGCCGCUUCCCUCCCAAAAGGUCACGCCGUCAGGCGUCAAGGAGUGUCCUGUGGUCAUGGAAGCUGAAGUGAUCGCCGUCCACGACAUGUUCGGUGGAGGGGGUUGCAGGGGCUGGCCGUUGCGGUUUGAAGUCAGGAUUCUGCUGCUCAGCAUUCAUCAAGAACUGAGGCUCAACGGGCAUCGCAACCGCGUGGAUGCAGACAAAUGGAAGCCAAUGAUCAUGAUGUUCUCUGACCUUUAUGGCUUGAGAGACGGGAAGUUGGAACCUUCGAGAUUGGCUGAGAUCGAGGAGGAGGAGAUGUACAGGCCGUUGAUGGACACGAAGGGCGAACGGGAGGAGGAGUCGUAUAAUGGCGUUGCUGAACAUGUCGUGGGGUUAACUGCCUCGCAGCAGGAGAACGACGGAGAUAUGACGGAGGGUACUGUCAAGUUGUUGGAGCAGGUUGGCGAAAUGAUAUAG